CCCCUGUCGUGUUUGCGGGUUAACAUUGGCGGGUCUCUGUCUCUCUCUCUCUCUCUCCAUGCGCACGACAGACGGCAACCCCCCCACACUCAUCAAUUGCGAGUCUCCGAGUGGGCUAUGUAGGCGUGCAUAGUUUGGCGACACCUGCACGCAACCACAUGCACGGCACCCAUGGCAUGGCCCUGGUGGGCCAAGGUUCAUUAACCUGCCUUUCGACACACCUCUGUGGUCCCAGCACGUGUGAGCAGCCUGCAACGAGACACACCCACGGAGACACAGACAGACAUGGACUGCCAUGGCUUCAUAAAAGUUGAGUCAUCCUGACCAUUGAAUGAGACUAUCAGGUCGCCGUCUUCAUACCUCUCAUGUCCUACACACACAUCCACACACACACACAGAGUGGAGGGAGCAUCACUUUCGCCCUUCCUCGUCCCGCUCGCUCACUCAGCCAGUAGGACCUCCCAGCAAUCUCCGCCGGAUAUGCGUUGAACCACCGCUGCGGCAGCACCCUCACGUGGCCCUCAUACCCAUCAGACAACGGCGGCAACGCUGCCGGCAAUUCUUGCCGCACCCCCGCCUCGCCGCUGCACCCAUUGAGGAGGUAUGUGUGGAUGAGCCACUCGGCCAGCCCGGCCAAGACGGUGGGUAUGAGGGAUAGGUAGAGGAUGGGGGACUGCUCGUGCCACUCCUGGUGCUGGAAGGAGUAGGGAGGGGGGGCCUGCAUGAGGGCGAUGCAGCGGUCGAUGAAGGCACGGCCCCACUCACUCCCACGCACAAAAAACACCUGAUGCGAUUGAUGCAAGGAACGAAGAAAAACAUAGAGGGGUGGCUGGGCUGGGCGGCAGUGCAGUGAUGGCUCUUCCUUCCUUUGCCUGCGUACUUACGGCGCUGUUGAGCAUGUGGGCAUCUUCAGAGAUGAGGCAGUCGGCAUCGGCACCCUCCUCGCCGCUGGCUCCAUCAAGUAUGGCCGAGAGCGGCAGUGUGUUGUUCAUGAAGAACGCGUCGCAGUCCAUCCACAUGACCCACUCAUCGGGGUGGCCCGCCAGCGCCUCACGGACGGCAUACAGCUUGUUGAGCCACGCGUGCUGGCCCCUGCACACACAUACACACAUAUGCAUGUGAGACACAAGGCGUGUGUGGCUGUCUUAAGGCCGGGAAGAGGCGUCUCGUCUUAGCCAGUGACUGACUUGUGUAUUGGGGUCUCAUGGUGGACCAGCAGGUACCCCCACCUGCGCACGUACUUGUCCUUGUUGGCUCGCGAGAGAUCGGCGAGCGUCGGCCCAUCUGUACCUGUGGCAUUGGGGUAGACGCAGUAGCUCACGAUGACCACCGAUGGGCCCUCACCCCUUCCCUCGCCCUCGUGUCCCUCCGGUGUGCUGUUGCGUGGGGGCAGGGAGGGCUGCUGGGAUGAAAGGGUUUGGCGCCUGACGAUGGCCACCCUUCUCGCCAUGGCCAGCACAUCCAGAAAGGGCCAGCGCGAGGACCCAUAGAAUGGCGCAUCUGCAGACAGAUACGUACGUACGUACGGUGGAAGGGAAGGAACAUCCAGGUGAGGUGCCCCUCCCCUCCGUGAGUCUGUCUGGUGUGUGUCUCGGUGCGGUGCAAGUGGUCUUCCGUCCGUACAGUCAUGAAAAGGCACCAGCAGGAACAGCUUCGCAAUGUGCAAUAGCCGCAAGCUCCGAUCCAUACAUCCCUAGCAUGACACAAAAGACAGACAGACGAAGCAAGAAUAUGUAUUCAUAUCGCCUUCCCUCUCUCUCUCCACUCCAUCGCCCUCCCCCGUUGCCCUGCCCACCGCCACCCACCCACCCACCCACCCGUAUGAUGCAGAAUGUGGCCAGGAGCUGCAGUGCGCUGGAGAUGCCGAGAGGGCACUGCAGGGCGAUGGCGGGCUCCGACACACCGAAGGGCAGCAUCAGCUUCUCCAACGCCUGGACCACCAUCCACAGGCCAUCCACAGCGCCGCACUGAACGCAUCCACAGGGGAGGGCAACCAACACAAACAAAACAGACAGACAGACAGAAAAGGCAGUAGGCAGUCCACUCGGCUGCACGAAGAAAUGGACCAAGGACGGCCGCCUGUGCGUAGCGUACCUUGAGGAGAGGAGUGGGCCCUUCUGCCGGUGGAACGAGCACUGCGUCGAGGUCAUGCAUGGGGUGGUGCAUCACCCCAAUCACAGUCGUGUCAUUGGCAGCUACAUCGAGCAGACCACGGAGCUCAUCCCACCAAGGACCCGCACAAUCUGCAGCCAGCACAGGACAACACAGCUAUGUGGCGCCUGCAGCAGGGUCACGUGUGUUCUUGCCCUACCCAGCUCUGCGAUGGACGCACGGACGAAAGGAUGCUCCAUGAUAAGGCCGCCCUCAUCCAAAGGCAGCACGGACGUCAGGAAGUUAGAAGGGAUUGAAGGAGGGUUGGGAGUGGCCGCGCUGUGGCAUUCCCGUCCAUCUGGGUUGGCGGCAUCGCACUCCUGCGGGAGAUCUGCAUAGAUCUCUCCACUGGUCAGGUUGGCGGUGGCCAGGAGGCCGGCGCACGCGCAAACCAUCCACCGAAACAGAGUCGUUUCUCGCAACGUGCUCAU